AUAAAACCUAAGGAAAAUAUUGGAUUUUAAUUAAGAAGAUUAUCGGAUAGGAUUAGAAAAUUUUGUGAUUGAUGCAAGAGCAGCUAACUCAUUUACAAAAUGUCAGGAUAUGAGGUUCGGACAUCUAACAGUAAAAAGGGCAAAGGCUUAUACGCUACGAAGAAGUUCGAUCAAGGUGAUGUUAUAUUGGAAGAGGAUCCUUUAGUUUCCUGUCAGUUUGCGUGGAAUGCAGCUUACCGAUAUCUAGCUUGUGAUCAUUGUAUGAGGCCAUUAGAGACUCCAGAGCAGAAUGUGAGACGUUUAUCGUGCAAGCCUGAUAUUGUGCUGCCACACUCAAACUGCUUUGAAAGCAACUUGGAGUACAUCACCGGUUGUGACCAGUGCGCUGUAUUGUACUGCUCUGAUGGCUGCAAGCAAAAAGCAUUUGCUACUUACCAUAGGAUUUUGUGCUACAAUACCAGUGAUGCUCAGCACCCGAUUACAAUUUUGCUCGAAGCUUGGAAACAAAUGCACUAUCCCCCUGAAACCACAAGUAUAAUGUUGCUAGUCCGGAUACUAGCGUUUAUAGAGCAGAGUUCAGACCCUUCUGACGCUGCAUCAAGAAUCAAGCAGUUUUGUCACCGUACAGUGAAUGAGGAUGCGGAGUUGGUUCACAAGCUACUCGGGGAACAGUUUACAAGCCAGUUGAAUACUUUGAGGGAUUUAACUGCCAAUGUGGUCAGUGGAGAUCAUGCCCAAGAGUUCCUCACCCCAGAAGGCUUCUGUUCUCUCAUGGCCCUAAUAGGCACAAAUGGACAGGGAAUUGGUACUAGCCCACUGGCCAUGUGGGUGAAUGCUGUGAUGGAACUAACCAUGUCCGACGACGAGAAGCAGCAACUUGACUUGUUCAUUGAUAAAUUGUACCAGUAUGUUGAAGAAGAAUCUGGCACAUUCCUCAACACAGAAGGUUCGGGAUUAUACCAGGUACAGAGUGCAAGUAACCACAGCUGCUCUCCCAACGCCGAGUCGGUGUUUCCCUAUGGGAACCACAGGAUACAACUGAAAGCCACCAAACCCAUCAUGCCUGGGGAAGAGAUCUGCAUCAGUUAUCUGGACGAAUGCUCGCUGCAGAGGUCUAGGCAUUCCAGGCAGAAGGAGCUAGCCCAGAACUACCUAUUCGUGUGUUGGUGUGAGAAGUGCAGCGCCCAAGCGUCCGAACCCGACUGUACUAGCGAGGAGGAGAUGAGUGAUGAGGACGCCGACGACUGAUGUUCCAACCUGCUCGCUUUCUGCCUACUCGGCAUAUAACGCGGGCGACUAGUUAAGUGUUCAGGGCCGGUUGUACUGUUUGCUGAUAAAGUGCUUGAUAGUGUAUUAAGAACUUAUUAUAAGAACUUUUGGUUGUACAGUUUCGGCCAUUAGUAACCAUAAGAGCGCAUUCGCUUUUUAGCAGCGCGACUAUCAUAGUAUAUGACAGCGCCACAACAGCGUUUUAUAAUGAGAAAGCAGGCAUUCGCUGCUGCCACGUUGCUGUCGCAUUUCAGACGCCCCAAUGUGUCUCAAGUUGUGUGCGGUCAAGUCUUUUUUUAAAUGUGUUAUUCCCUAAUUUGUAUUGCAAAUUUUAGAGAUAUUACCCAAUUUGGAGUAGGUGCACUACAAUAGUUAAGCGCUCGAAGGAUAUGACUCGAAUCAGCAGUCCGACUCCGUUUUUUCCUUUAAUAGCGUUUUAUGUUAGCUAUUUGAAACUUUAUAAGGAACUGGUAAAACUGGCCUAUAACAAAAUAAGCAUUAAAGUAGGCAGUUAAUGGGUAUGUUGGCAUCAUUAUCGCCCGUAUUCUCAAACGAUGCUUGCUUAAGUGAAGCAGCAAAUCGAAUACAGCGUUGAAUAGAGCUCUGUGAUUAGUUCGUGUGUCACCCUGUGCGUCCACGCGCACUGUGAGACCUCAUAGUGCGAGAAGUGUAGCGCCCAGGCGUCCGAAC